AUGACAGUUUUCCUUUCCUUUGCUUUCCUCGCUGCCAUUCUGACUCACAUAGGGUGCAGCAACCAGCGCCGAGGUCCAGAAAACGGUGGGAGAAGAUAUAACCGGAUUCAACAUGGGCAGUGUGCCUACACUUUCAUUCUUCCAGAACACGACGGGAACUGUCGUGAGAGUACGACAGACCAGUACAACACAAAUGCUCUGCAGAGAGAUGCUCCACACGUGGAACCGGAUUUCUCUUCCCAGAAACUUCAACAUCUGGAGCAUGUGAUGGAAAAUUAUACUCAGUGGCUGCAAAAAAUUGAGAACUACAUUGUGGAAAAUAUGAAGUCGGAGAUGGCCCAGAUACAGCAGAAUGCAGUUCAGAACCACACGGCCACCAUGCUCGAGAUAGGAACCAGCCUGCUCUCUCAGACCGCAGAGCAGACCAGAAAGCUGACAGAUGUUGAGACCCAGGUACUAAAUCAAACUUCUCGACUUGAAAUACAACUGCUAGAGAAUUCAUUAUCAACAUACAAGCUAGAGAAGCAGCUUCUUCAACAGACAAAUGAAAUCCUAAAGAUUCAUGAGAAAAACAGUUUAUUAGAACAUAAAAUCUUAGAAAUGGAGGGAAAGCACAAGGAAGAGUUGGACACCUUAAAAGAAGAGAGAGAGAAUCUUCAAGUUUUGGUUACUCGUCAAACGUAUAUAAUCCAGGAACUGGAGAAACAAUUGAACAGAGCCACCACCAAUAAUAGUGUCCUUCAGAAGCAGCAGCUGGAGCUGAUGGACACAGUGCAUAACCUCAUCAACCUUUGCACUAAAGAAGGUGUUUUACUAAAGGGAGGAAAAAAAGAGGAAGAGAAACCAUUUAGAGACUGUGCAGAUGUAUAUCAAGCUGGUUUUAAUAAAAGUGGAAUCUACACUAUUUAUAUUAAUAAUAUGCCAGAACCCAAAAAGGUAUUUUGCAAUAUGGAUCUUAAUGGAGGAGGUUGGACUGUAAUACAACGUCGUGAAGAUGGAAGUCUAGAUUUCCAAAGAGGUUGGAAAGAAUAUAAAAUGGGGUUUGGAAAUCCCUCUGGCGAAUAUUGGCUGGGGAAUGAGUUUAUUUUUGCCAUAACCAGUCAGAGGCAGUACACACUAAGAAUCGAGUUAAUGGACUGGGAAGGAAACCGAGCCUAUUCACAAUAUGACAGAUUCCACAUAGGAAACGAAAAGCAAAACUACAGGUUGUAUUUAAAGGGUCACACUGGGACAGCAGGAAAACAGAGCAGCCUGAUCUUACAUGGUGCUGAUUUCAGCACUAAAGAUGCAGAUAAUGACAACUGUAUGUGCAAAUGUGCCCUCAUGCUAACAGGAGGCUGGUGGUUUGAUGCUUGUGGCCCCUCCAAUCUAAAUGGAAUGUUCUACACUGCUGGACAAAACCACGGAAAACUGAACGGGAUAAAGUGGCACUACUUCAAAGGGCCCAGUUACUCCUUACGUUCCACAACGAUGAUGAUUCGACCUUUGGACUUUUGAAGGCAUAAUGUCAGAAGCAGUAAUAAAAGCAACAGAGAAAUCUGAAGAAGCUACCAGACAAGAAACUGCUGGAACACUUCUGAAGCAAACGAUAGUGUCUCCCUUCCAGCUACAAGUGGCAGUUAUGUGAAGUCACCAAGGUCCUUGACAAUGGAUUUGGAACCUUCUGAGUUCACAAGAGUCUCCUGUGUUCAUAUGGCUUGACUAUGGAGAAUGCCACUCACUAUCAUGUUUUAAAAAGGGAAGAAACUGUUCGGUUCACUGUGCUUCCAACUGCUACUGGAUCUUACUUUAGAACUAUGGUCGCCAGAUGACAAAUACGGUUUAUUUCAUGUGAAAACUGAGAAGAAGGAGGAGGAGGAGGAAAUGAACAACAAAAAAAGAAGAAUAUACAUGAAGAAUACAAACAGGCCUGCCAUAAUCCUUUGGAAAAGAUGUAUCACACCAGUGAAAUGGUGUUAUUUCUAUGCAAACCUACUAAAAACCAGUUUAUACUGUUGCACAAUUUUAAUAAAAGUUUAGGAAGAAUAAGCAUUGCCCUCUAAGUUGGUUAAGCGUUAAUGGAUUCCAGAAGCCUAACUCUUUAAUCAUACUUACUAAUUGAUUUCAGUUAACCCAUCUUCAAAUGUAAAUUCCAUUUUGGUAAACCAUAAUGAAUUGUAGUACAUGAAGAAUAAUAGUAUGAGGUAGAAACAUGCUCCACUUACUCUGAUUUUUGAUAUAGUUUUCAGGAAAAAGAUGGACAUAAUCGAGUAUGGACAUAUUAGAUAAAAAAUUAUCCCCCCAUGCGACAGUUUUCAUUUACUUUAAAAACUGACUGAUAGAUAUUUAUAGCAUGAGUAAAGUUUAAAGAAUGUGAAAUAUACCAUCAAGCUCUUAAAAUAACAUACAUGCAUUUAAUAUUUCCUUUGAUAUUAUACAUGAGAACAGUAUUUUCAAGUAUAUUAAGUUGGAGUAAAACCAAGGAAGCUGGAACGGUUCAUUUUACAAUAUCUUCCUGCGUACUGUACCCUUAAGCGUAACCUCAUUACUUUCAAAAUAAUGAUUUCAAUUCUUCAUUCUGUUAUUUCAUGCUAAUUUAAUUUUUGCUAAUUAACUGAAACAUGCUUUCCAGAUUCACCCUGUUCCAGUUUCUAUGAGAGAUACACUUUGAAGUCUAUAAAAAUAAAAGAAGAAUUAUAAAUAUCAUUGUACAUAGCAUGUUUAUUUCCAUGGCAAACCUAAUAGCUGUUUAAUCUGGAAUAUGCAACAUUGUCCUUAAUUGAUGCAAAUAAACACAAGUUUUCAGAGAAAUCUACUACACUAUUUUAUGAAAUACAUUAUUUCUUCACAUUUGUCUCUCUCAAGCUCUGUUUUCGUAGGCAAUGUCUGAUUUUUAAAAAAUUAUUUAGUGGAGGAAACUGCCAAAACUCUGUAUUAAACAUAAAGAAAAUACACAAAAAGAAAAUCAAUCAUAGUCACCUAAAAAGUUCUGACUGCUAGCUACUAUAACUCUCUUAGUGAAAAUAUUCCUAUGGGAUAAUCUAUUUUAAGUGAAUUUGGGGGCACAGGUUUUUGUGGCAAUUUGAAGUUGCUACAGUAUUUUGUCAAAAAGGGCUUUCUGCCUUUUAAGUGUGCAAGGUUACAGUAGUGAAGCGUUUUUAUCAAAAUGUGAGUUACUACAUGAAAACUGAAAUAUAUAUUAGAUAUCCUUUCUUAGAAAAAUAAGUUUUUUUCAAAGCAACAAUACAGAUUGCCUCCAUUUGAGAGAAUACAGCUAUUCCAUUUUUAAGAAAAUGUUGUUAAAAUUUACCACCACAUCUUUAUGUUUAUGGAUUUGUAUACAACCCCAUUUUGCCUUACAAGUGAUAUUUGCUGAUAUUACACAGUCUUUCUGUUCUUGGUGACUCCUUCAUAGCACUGUUUAGCCCCUCCCUCUAAAAGCCUUCUCGAUUGUUUUCCUUUAAGUGAAUGAAAGUGAGUGUUUUGUUCUUUUGUGUUCCUACAGAUUUUUGUUACCAGUCUUUUGAUAAGAAAUAGUACUUCCCAACUCAUAUUACAAAAAUAAAAUGAAAUAAUGAAAAAAAAAUGAAAGCAUGAUAUUUACUAUUUUGUUAUCUGGGUUUGAAAAAUGAAAUAUUGUUUCCAAUUAUUUAUAAUAAAGCAGUAUAAAAUGUUUUAUGACUUCA